CUUCAAAAUUGCCGCGAAACCAACGGCUCUCAAAAACCCUAAUCUCUCUCUCUCUCUCUCUCAACCCCCGCCCCCCCAAAAAAAAAAAAUUAAACCCUAAACAAUUACUCAAAUUCCAAACCCUUCUCAACAUUCCAUACCCCUCCACCCCUCUCCACCUCUCAAUUCCCGAAAUUUUCCCGAGGAAACAAUAACAGAAAAGCGAACGGCUACUUCUCCUAAAACCCUAGCCCCCAGUCCAUGCUCAACCACUUCCAUCAAUGGAAGAAUCCCCUCCAUUUCCCAGCAAGGUCCCGAAUUCUCGCCCCCCUCUCUUCCCUCUUCUUCACCAAAUCCUCGGUUUCCACCGCAAAGCUCUACGACGAGCCCACCACUUCCUCCGCUGUCCCAAACCCUAGGGACACCGUCCGAGAAAUUCUCUCCGGGUUGAGGAGCUUCGGCUUGAUAAGGUUUCUCGGCGGGGAUUAUUUUCGGACCAUGGUUUUGACACUGGACCGGCCUCAGGUGGAUCAUAUUAUCGAUGUUUUGAGGGUCGAGAGCCCGGAGUUUGCGGUGGGUUUCUUCCAUUUGUUAAAGGAUUGUUAUCGGUUUCGGCACUCGAGGGUUUCAUGGUUAGUUGUUUCCCAUGUUUUGGCGGGGAAAAGGCGGUUCAAGGAGUUGCAGUUGAUCAUAAAGCAAAUGGUGGAAGAAGAAGGCUCUGGUUCUGCACCUUCACUUUGUGAGCUGCUCUUGAAUAGCUUCUGGGGCUGGGAUUCAAAUAUUUUGGUAUGGGAUAUGUUGGGAUUUGCUUAUUCAAGAUAUGGAAUGGUUGAAGACGCCCUCUUCGUUCUUGCCAAGAUGAAAGAUAUGAACUUGCAUGCAUCAAUACAAACAUAUAACAGUCUGUUGUACAAUUUGAAGAACACUGAAACCAUGUGGGAUGUGCAUAACGAAAUCAAAGUAAGCGGAAUUCCUCAGAAUGAGUACACUCAUUCCAUACUUAUAGAUGGUCUAUGCGAGCAAUCCAGGCUGCAAGAUGCAGUCUCCUUCCUGCAGAAUGCUGAAGAGAAGGAUACCAGACUUUCCAUUGUUUCAUUCAAUACCAUCAUUUCGAGGUUCUGUAAAUUGGGUUUUGUAGAUGAUGCAAAGUCAUUUUUUUGUAUAAUGCUCAAGUGUGGACUAGUACCUGAUUCAUACAGUUACAAUAUUCUUAUUCAUGGCCUAUGUGUAGCAGGUUCCAUGGAAGAAGCCUUGGAGUUCAAAAAUGACAUGGAGAACCAUGGUGUAGCGCCUGAUAUCGUAACCUACAGAAUUCUUGCUAAAGGGUUUCGUCUACUUGGUUUCAUAAGUGGGGCUUGGAAGGCCAUUCAAGACAUGUUGCUUAACGGGGUUAAUCCAGAUCUUCUUACAUAUACAAUACUGAUCUGUGGGCAUUGUCAGAUAGGCAAUAUUGAUGAAGGCCUUAAGUUGCGGGAAGAGAUGCUUUCUCAAGGUUUUCACUUGAGCAUAAUCUCAUACAGUGUAUUGCUCAGCAGUUUGUGUAAAAGUGCACGGCCUGAAGAAGCAUUGAAAUUGCUUUAUGAAAUGGAAGCUGUUGGCUUGACACCUGAUAUUAUAACAUAUUCUAUCCUCAUUCAUGGCCUCUGCAAGAAAGGAGAAGUCCAGAGAGCCAUCCAACUAUUUGAGGAAAUGUGCUCGAGGAGAAUCUUUCCAAAUGAUUUUACACAUGGUUCCAUUUUGUUAGGUCUGUGUAAGACAGGAAAUAUAUUAGAGGCAAGGAAGUAUUUUGAUAGUCUGAUAGCUAGCGACUCGGUGGACGAUAUAGUUCUGUAUAAUAUUAUGUUGGAUGGGUAUGUCAAACUUGGUAAUAUUGCGGAAGCUGUACAGUUAUACAAACAAUUAACCGAAAAAGAGAUUACCCCUAGUAUUGUCACUUUCAAUACUCUUAUUCAUGGAUUCUGCAAAGACAAUAAACUAGGUGAGGCUCGAAGUCUCUUGGAUACCAUCAAGCUGCAUGGAUUGGUUCCAAGUGCGGUAACUUAUACCACUCUUAUGAAUGCAUACUGUGAAGAAGGAGAUGUGAAAGGCAUGCUUGAAUUGCUUUGGGAGAUGGAAGCAAAAGCUGUAAUGCCUACUCAUGUCACAUACACUGUAGUAAUUAAAGGACUAUGCAAACAAUGGAAGUUGCAAGAAUCUGUCCAAUUACUUGAGGAUAUGCAUGCUAAGGGUCUGACUCCAGAUCAAAUUACAUAUAAUACUAUCAUCCAAUGUUUCUGCAAAGCUAGUGACACGACCAAAGCUUGGCAGUUGCAUAAUGAGAUGCUACUGCAUAACCUGCAGCCUACUCCUGUCACGUAUAAUCUCCUCAUCAAUGGUCUUUGCAUACACGGGGAUCUGAGGGAUGCUGACAGGCUACUUCUUUCUCUGGUGGAUCAAAAGAUCAAUUUGACAAAAGUUGCUUAUACCACAAUUGUUAAGGCACAUUGUGCAAAGGGUGACGUAAGUAGGGCAGUAAUAUUCUUUCAUCAAAUGGUGAAGAAGGGGUUUAAAACCUCAAUCAGAGAUUAUAGUGCUGUGAUCAAUAGAUUGUGCAAAAGGUGUCUAAUAAACGAAGCAAAACAUUUUUUCUGUAUGAUGUUAUCUGAUGGAAUUUCACCUGAUCAAGAAAUCUGUAAGGUGAUGCUUAAUGCUUUCCAUCGGGAAGGUGAUCUCGAAUCUGUUUUUGAACUACUUGCUGAGAUGAUCAAAUUUGGGUUAUUUCCUGAUUAAUCCACGGGAAAUGAUGAUUUGCAUGCAUCUCACCAUCAGAAAGAGCUGUUCCUUGGCUGAUAGAGAAGUCAGUACAUGAGGGGACAAGGAUAAGACGCGAGAUUCUUGUGAAGGAAAAGCUCAAAUCUUGCUAUAGCAUUUCCAUGUCAGCAAUCAGCUUCACGCUUUGGCAUCCUCAUUCUCUGAAUCAGAUCAGAACCCUUUUUUAGUCAACAUAUGGUCUCUGAGUGACCCCUUGCCUUUUGUCUCGCGGGCCGCUGAAGUGGGGAGGGGAAGGAGGCUGUCGAACGAUGUGGCAGCUGCGAUGGAGGAGGUGGUGGAGAGUAGGGUGGUUUGGGAGGGUGGGCGAAAUGAUUUGGUUUGGUGCUUGGACUGAUGACAUGAUUUGUUUUUUUUUUUUUUUUUAAAAAAAAAAAAUUAUAUUAUUAUUUUUCUAAUGGAAAAGAAUUAUAUGAGGUGGCAUAUGGGAUUCAUGAAACGUCCUGUCUGUUUGCCAACUAGACAGAAAGUGUGAUGAAGGGAGUCUAUCUUUAGUCCCAGUGGUAGCACUAGGGUCUUAAUAGCAAAUUUAAAACUGAGUGUCAAUCGAAAUGGACCUAAACAUAAUAAAAAUUACGUCAAUUGGAGAGAAAAUGACAAUCCAAUUCUGUUUAAUGCCUGAAGUAUUAUUUUAAGGGCGCUCGACUGCUCUUUUAAUACUUGAAAAGCCAUAUAUACCAUUACACAUGCAUACUAAUACAUAUGGACACAUAUUUUGGGACUUUUUGCUGCUGGUGAGGAGGUUAAAGAUUCAUUCUGUCACUGACAUUUGUUUGCACUUAAAAUAUGUGUUUGAUUACUUUUUCAUGAAAAUAAUGUUAUCCUAUCUAAGUAAUUAAUUCAAUGGUAUCAAACAUCCCGAAAACUGCUAAAUAAAAUGUGUCCCAAGCCAAAAUAUCACGAGUACCAAGUUGUCCGGUAUUAUUGCAAGGAAAAUUACAAUCAAAAUCCUUAUUGGCCUGUGCCUGGAGAUGGUGAUCAUUUCCACAGACAAACAGGACAUCACCAAAGGCACAUAAUAGCAGAGAGGUAUUUUACAUUAUCUUGAUUAGAUACGAGCUUUGUAGGGCUAUCUCCCAUUGCAAGGCCGCCGAAUCUUGUGGUACCAUUCAGGCUUCAAGAGUAAUUCGACUGAGCCAACUUGCAAAAGGAAAAACUUGCUGAUUUUAUUUGCCAGAUGGUGCAUGUUACAAGAACUCAUAGAUCAUUUGUUUCAUAUCUGGUUCUUACAAGUGAGGCUUGUAUAUACUAUUUUUUGGUACUACAAAUGAUUCUAUAUGCAGCUGCAAUUGUUGGGACCUUGGUCCCUCCUUAAUUAGAUCUCGUCUCUCAGAGUUUGAAGUGAGGAGCAUCACAACUGGCAUUUACUGCCUAGUCGCAGUCUUCCUGAAACCAGACUUGAUAUGGUCUGGGAGCCACUUUUAGUGAACUAACAUGGAAUGGUGGAAUGGCGAAGCUUAGUAGCUCUGUACAUGUGACGUGUAGAUUAGCUACGACUUCGUCUGCUCAUAAUGAUAUGCCAAUUCGUCCAAAGUUGGAGGUGCUAUGGGCAAUUUCACUCACUUUGCCAAAAUAAGUUAUUGGCUUCCUCAUUUCUUGCUAAAAUAAUAUCUAGCUUUCUUUUUCUUUUUUGAAUUCAUCUAGCUUUCUUAACCGGAGAAAUCUACAAAAAUCAUUCCCGGAACCCUCAAGCAUCGUGACUCGGUCGGAGUUGGGACAGCUCCUUGACAAGAGCAUCCAAAUCCCUGGAAGAGCUCCCAUCAUCCCUCACCGCUUCAAGCGCCUUAUCUCUGAGUGCCCUUGCCCUCGCUUUCCGAGCACUCUCCCCGCCCAUCGACUCGGCAAUCAGCCCCGCCAAGUGGGCCGGAUCAGGCACCGAGUGGGCGCCCUCGCACACCCUGACGGCCACGCCCAUGUCCUCCACAAGCAGCCUGGCGUUCACGAACUGGUCGGCCUCCAUUGGCCAACCCAGGAUCAUCGUCCCCCCCACUAUCCCUUCCAGCACCGAGUUCCACCCGCAGUGACUCACAAACCCUCCCACCGCAACGUGGCUUAGUAUCCUCACCUGUGGCGCCCACCCCUUCAC